AGCAUUAACAAAAUUUAUAUACUUUUUUUGCCAGUUCGUUUAAAUACUACACUUAGAAAAAUCUCUAUUCGAUUCUACAAGUUCGCCGACAUGGCUCUGAAACCAAUAUCAAUCAUCAACCUCUCUCGCGAGAUUUUGACUCUCACUGAAAGAGUCGCCGCUUAUUUUUCUGAAAAGAACCUGCCAGAGCCAAGUUUCGAUGCUUCAUAUCACGGGACUCCCAAUGAUCCCGAGUUCGAAGAGAUUCAGGCUCCCCUUAUUGAAGCUCUUGCGGAUUUAUCACUACUCGUUCAGGGACCAAAGAUUUUCCUUCGGACUUUCGGCCUCGCCUUCCAGGAUCUUGCCGCAUUUCAGAUUGCGCUGGAAUUUAACUUCUUCAAAAAUAUCCCACUGGAAGGAUCAAUAACCUCGAGGGAGCUGGCAAGGGCGGCUGGAAUAGGUGAAGACAUCACGGCCUCCGCUGUACGUCUACUAGCUACUCAAAGAAUAUUUGUGGAGAGUGAGCCUGGUGUGUUCCAGCACACUUCGAUAUCCGCUGUGUUGGGCAGAGAUGACGACAUCCAGGCUGCCAUACAUAUGGAAGUCGAUGACAUGUUCAAGGCCGCUUCAGAUAUUGAUCUUGCACUGAGAAAGGAGCCCAAAAACUAUAGCCACGAGUCAGCGCCUUUUAAUAUCAGACAUGGAGACAUUGCUUAUGACUGGUACUCCAAGAAUCCGCGGAAAGGGGCUCGAUUCGCACAGGCUAUGACUGGGUUUUCGAAGUUAGAUCGUCCCAUCUCCCCUCUUCGCGAUGAAUACCCAUGGGCAUCGCUAGGCAGAGGUAAAGUUGUUGAUGUUGGUGGAGGCAAUGGCUCUAUCUCCAUGAUGCUGGCGAAGGAAUUCCCGGACCUUGAGUUCAUUGUUCAAGACAUAUCAGAGGACAUGAUGCGUCAAGCAUCCCUACGUAAAGAGAUGGAUGGGCUAGAAGGCCGAGUGACUUUCAUGCAACAUGACUUCUUUGAGCCACAGCCUAUACACGAUGCAAGGGCGUUCUUCCUCCGCCACAUCUCUCAUAACUAUGUGGACAGUGAGUGCGUGAAAAUCCUCCGCGCGCUUAUCCCAGCACUCGAGAAACGGCCUGGAACCCCAGUACUCAUAAACGACGUAGUGCUGCCGGAGCUAAAUUCCAAAGAGAGAUACAAAGAGCGAAUCAUGCGGCAGACUGAUAUUGCUAUGUUUGUGGUGCUAGGUGCAAAGCAGCGAAGUGCUUCGCAAUUCCAUGCUCUAGUCAAACAGGCCGACCCACGAUUCGAGAUCAAGAAAAUCCAUGGCAAUCUUAAUAUUGGGCUUGUAGAAGUUGUACUUGGCAAUUAGGGGCCACAAUCACGAGCUUUUGUGCCUCUCACAAUCACCUAUAUAGGAAAAAGCAACUAUUCCGAGGUAUUCCCAAAAGGGAUAGUUUAGCAGAAAAUCUCUAUGAAUAUGCUGUGCAGCUUAAAUCUUUACAUUAUCAUUUUCGGCACGAAAAGUAAUUCUAGG